AUGGCACAAAAGAAGAGUAUCGUCUUCUUCCACCCGGACCUGGGCAUUGGUGGUGCCGAGAGACUGGUCAUCGAUGCCGCCGUUGGUCUUCAAGCGCGCGGCCACAAAGUCACCAUCUUCACGUCGCAUUGCGAUCCGGGGCACUGUUUCGACGAGGCCCGUGAUGGAACCCUCGACGUACGAGUUCGCGGAAACUCGCUCAUCCCCUCGACCAUCUUCGGACGCUUCGCCAUCCUCUGUGCCAUCUUGAGACAACUGCACCUCGUGUGCAUCAUCGCUCUGUGGAACUACGAGCUCGACCACCUCAGACCCACUCACUUCUUCGUCGACCAACUCAGUGCUGCUGUCCCCCUCCUUCGCUUCUUGUACACCAAUGUCGGCGUCCUCUUCUACUGCCACUUCCCGGACCAGUUGCUUGCUCAAAAAGGAGAAGGUGCUUUGGCUGUCUUGAAAAAGGGAUACAGGGUACCUUUCAAUGCAAUUGAAGGUUGGAGCACUGGCUCAAGCAACGCUAUCGUCGUCAACAGCAACUUCACUGGCAGCGUCGCCAAGCGUGUCUUCCCAGCUCUGUCAAAGAGAGACUUGAAGGUCGUCUACCCCUGUGUCAAUACCUCGAACGCCACACAAUUGCAACGCAAGCCCAUGUGGGCCGGUCGGAAGCUUGUCUUGAGCAUCAAUCGCUUCGAGAAGAAGAAGGAUGUUGCUCUGGCUGUCAAAGCUUUCGCCCGUCUCGAUGCUUCGGUCCGAAAAUCUGCUAUCCUGGUCAUUGCUGGUGGUUACGAUCAACGUAUGCCUGAAAAUGUCAGCACCCACCAAGAACUUCAACAACUGGCCGACUCUUUCAAGCUCUCGCAUGAAACCUACAAGUCGCUCCCCGAUCCUUCUGUCGUCUCUAACACCACAUCCGUUCUCUUUCUCCUAUCUGUCCCAGACGCCUUGAAGCAGUCUCUUCUUGCCUCUGCCGAUCUGCUUGUCUACACUCCUCAAAAUGAGCACUUCGGGAUUGUACCCCUCGAAGCCAUGCUCGCCCAAGUACCCGUAUUGGCUGCCAAUGAAGGCGGGCCUCUCGAGACUGUUAUUGAAGGAGAAACUGGAUGGCUACGUGACAUUCGCAAACCCGAAGAAUGGACUGCCGUCAUGUCGAGUGUUUUGGCCAGCUCCAACCCUGCUGAAUUGCGCAGCAUUGGCGAAAAUGGCCGUAAGCGCGUCCAAGCAGAGUUCUCAAAGGAGCAGAUGGCUCUUCGUCUUGACCACUCCUUGGAUCAGAUCACAAAUCCACCAAAGCAACCCUCGGCUAUACCUGAUUGGCUUUUGAUGACCAUUGUUGUUGUAGGCAUAACUAUUGGCUUGGCGCUUCUAUCUACAUGGUUGUUGUUUGUAGGGCUUGAUUUGGUCAAACCCGUCGAGGAGGCAUCACCACAGUACAAUGCUGGUGAGACAAUCACUGAGAAGAUCAUUGCUGUCACCACACAGAUGGUGAGAAACGAGCUUUGA